AUGGAGAACGGCGUUGCUGCAUCGACCCAGCCCGAUCUGAGGCUGAAGUGGGACGUGUUCCUGAGCUUCCGAGGCGAGGACACGCGCAGAACCUUCAUCGGCCCUCUCUACGACGCGCUCUGGAGCAAAGACGUCCGGGCCUUCCGCGACAACGAGGGCAUGAACAAGGGCGACCAGAUCUCGCCGACCCUACUGGCGGCGAUCGAGGACUCCGCCAUGGCGAUCGCAGUGAUAUCGCCGAGGUACGCGGACUCGCACUGGUGCUUGGACGAGCUGGCGAAGAUAUACGAGUGCCGGAAGCUGAUACUCCCGGUGUUUUACGGGGUCGAGCCCUCGGACGUGAGGCGUCAGAGGGGGCCGUUCAAGGUCUGGUUCGAGCGUUAUGUAGAGCGGGAAGAUGCGUCGAGGGUUCUGGCUUGGAGAGAUGCCAUGAAACAAGCUGGUGGAGUCUCUGGUUGGAUCUUCAGCGACCAAGACGAUCGGAGAGAUAUGUUGCUGCUGAUUCAACAGAUCGUCCGCAGAAUUACGGAUGAACUGAAAAACGUUCCGCUCUAUGUGGCUCCUUUCCUCGUCGGACUGGACUCUCGCAUCGAGCAACUCCUCGUGUGUUAA